AUGGAAGCACUUCUUGACCAAGCCCGCACAAUCUGGGAAGGCGAGAUCGACUUCCACGGCCAACGCCUCGCCGAAUACCUCAACUACGGCCUGCUCUCCCUCUUCGGCUUCAUCGCCUUCCUCGUCGGCUUCAUAGCACAAGACAUCUACCAAACAUUGUACAUUGGUCUCGGCGGCACGGCGUUGACGUUCCUGAUUGUCGUACCGCCAUGGCCAUUCUUCAAUCGGCAUCCGUUGGCUUGGCUGCCGCCGAGGACGGGAAGGGGGACGGACUAUGGCGAGAUUGUUGUGGAUGGGAAGAAAGUGGGUUAG